AACUGCUGACGUAAGAUCUGUUGGGUAUUCUGAAUUAUUCAGCCUCUCCAGAGAAGACGUUUUGUCAGCCAUGAAAGACUAUCCAGAAGCUGAGGAAAUUCUCCAGUCGAUGGGUCGAAAGCGCCUGAUGGAGGCUCGAAUGGCUAGUCCAUCGGACACAGCACCCCCCUUCCAAGAGAAUUCGGAGAGGCCAGACACUCGUCGAGGAAAAGAUAACAGACAACGGAAAAAAGGUAUGAGCCUGGCAUAUCUUCUCGGAAGAAAAGACACGGAUCAUGAUAAAGUCCACAAGCAUAAAUAUUCGAAUCUAUCGAAUUCUUCCGACGCACCCGGCGAUUCCACCUCGAGCCCGCAUCGGGAGCCAGUCCAAAAUCAGCAACUACAAAAUUCUUUUAUAAAGUCCAACCAUAUCGUUUCGGAAAGUCAGAAACAGAAGAAUCCAAAUGAUGAAACCACUUCCAAGGCAACUUCUUUGGUGGAGCAAAUAACUGCAAAACUGCGUAAACGCAACAACAAAAUCCCGCGCUUUGGUGUGAGGAAGAAGCGCACGCUGUGGUGCAAGAUAUCUAGGUUAGUAACUCCUAAAAGAAGCAGAGGGUCAUCUACAUCCAAGCAUCCUGAUGCGCAAGAAUCCGCAGAAGACUUUAAUCAAAAAACGAAAGCGAACAGCUGUGAUGUUCUUCUGAGACCUGAUACUUUAGGGCUUACGAAUCGCAAACGAUCCAUAGUGACUACUCAAACUAGUGCAAAAAUUUGUGAAACACGCAGGACCAGUUGGCAGCCAUCUAAACCCUCAGUCAGCAACUGGAAUAGAAGCGAGUUGUUCACUUUAUCUUCUGAGAAAGCUGCUGAGGUGGUAAGAACUCGGCGAAAGACUCUGACGGAUGGAACGCUGCUAAAGACCAAUUUCAAACAGGACAAAUUAGCAGCAUGCCAACCGAAAGUACCCGGUGUGCUUCUCACGGGAUCCGGACUUAACACUCGCAGCGUUUCUCCAGACAUAUCACCUAUGUCGUCAAAUUAUUCUUUGACGCCGUCCACUACUGAUGACGAAGGAAACCCCGAAGAUGUAGCUGAGACUAAAAAGACGGUAAUGCCAUCUAAAGUUGCGGAUUCUGAGCAAGUACCAAAUGUGCCAACAUUAUCUGCCAGCAUGCAAGAUUUUUUAUCCAAAAUUGCGCAAGAUUUUAAAGCAACAAUGGAUACAUAUAUUGCUGAAACAGAGAAAGAUUUAUGUUUGAGGAUAUUAGAACUAGAAGAAGAAAUCAAACAAAAAGAUAGUACUAUAAGAGAUUUACAAUUACAAUGCGCACAAGAAGUAAGUGAAGAAACGAUAGCUGUGGAUGACGUGCCCGCAGAAGAGGAACAGCAGAUUGAUUCACCAAAACCUUCUCCUCUCCUCGGACACUCUCAAGAUUCAGCAGUUUGUAGCAUCGAUUGUGCAUCUCCUGAAGAUUUGGAACCCGAAAAUUUCGAAGAAGAGGACUUAUGGCUAGUAGAAUUUCCUCAGAACAUCCCAGUACCAUUGGCUGUGGUUGAGGGAAAGCGGGCUAGGCUGAGAAGGCAUUCCAGCGUGGAAGUGGGGAAUGAAUUGCCCUUUCGCUUGGCAACGCAAAAACCUCCAAGUCUUUUCCUCAGAUCAACUGCCGACAGUGAAAUUUUGAAAUCUCCUCGCAGGUUCAGUGAAUCUCAAGCAAGACCUGAUGUCGUGGCACUGAACAAUACUUUUGCCGCCAGGGUGCGUAGAGUUUUCGCAAAGGUAAAAGCAAGCAAAGCCCAAGAAGACCAAUCCAUACCUGGCACAUCCUCUCUCCAAGGGACGUUCAAGUGGCCUUUGUUGUCCACGAAAGCUGAAAGUAAAUCUGGUGGCAGGCGUUCGAGUACCGGAUCCACGAAUGACAGACAAGUGCGAUUACCAUUCCUCUUUCAACAACGAUCAACGCCCAGCACUUCCAAGCGUCACCAGAAGUCACGCGAGCAAGAUGAUGGCGAUGAUAGCGAUGAAAUUUCAAGACUGGGAAGUGAUGACAGGCCAGUCAUCAAACGAUUCUUACCCACAAUUACAGAAUCAUGCAGCUUCGACAGUCUGCGUGAAUCGCCUUUGUUGACGCAGGCUAGUCCACCUCCAGUGUCCAGCAUGCCUAACUUGGACGAAAAAGGAAUGGCUACAAGUUCGGUUGUGAUAGACAUGACCGCUGCAGAUGACGAGGUGUGCACGUGAGAUCAAAAAUGGUGACGUAAGAAAGUAAACUAAGACGUUAAUGCAGUCAGGUUUAUGAAUAUUGCUGAACUGAAUGUAUUACGUUAAAAACUUUAAUUUAUUAAGGUUAUGUGUUCAAAGAGCUACCGCAACGAAACGAAUCAUUUUUACCGAAGUCAUCUUCGACAAUUUAACUUAAACUGAAAGUCAUUUGGUGUUGCGUCCAUAAAUUCAACCGCAAGUGAAAAGUAAUUUUGUUAAAUUUUCCUAACAGUUAGUUAUAUGUAAUCAUCUGUGUACACAAAACUAAACAGAUUCCUCUAUCCUUGUAAUGUUACCUGUGUAUAUAUACAUAUGUUUACGUCGAAAGUCAAAAAUGGUCGAGUGAGGAAUUCGAAAAAAAUAAUUUUUUAAAACCAGUGUCUGCAUGUAUAUAGACUAAGGUAAUUAAGUCAGAGAAUCUUUAAUAGUUAUACGUAUAAUACAAAAAUAUUUUCUUUCAUUGGGUUAGUAUGCUAUUCUAAAUAUCAAGAAUUAUUUCAUGUUUAGAAGGAGAUUAGAUUUUUUUACAUUUUUCUUUUUUAUUCUUUAUUCAGAUCUUACUGAUUUUAUCCCUAACAUAUAGCAUUAUGAGAAACGCAGAUUUAAACUCUAGUUUCAUAUACAUAUAUAUUGAAAGGAUGUAUUUUCACUUGCACCACACCUGGCCUUCAUGAUUUCUUUUUUAUUUCUGUACAGAAAAUCCUGCCCUCACACUAUUAACAAAACAAAAAUUUCCAUGAGAAACAUAGAGUCUUAAAAACUAUUUUUAAACAUCUGUUGCAGUAGAGAUACACUAGCAUCAUUUUAUCCAAAUUCUUAUUUAAAUUUUUCUUCCUAUCUUAAGUUUUACAUUGUUUAUAUCCUUUAAAUCACUGAUCAUAUGCUCUGCAACUGCCAAUCCUUUCUUUCCCAUAGGAAAAAAUAAAUCAUAUAUCCCAUUAACAAAUUUCCUGUUAAAAGUGUUGCUAACGUUUGCAACUAUUCUAGUCCUGUGGAAUUUCAAAUGAAAUCAAAGUUAGAAAUAUAAAAUUUGCCUACUUGGUUUUUCGUGAGUUCUUUGCGAGGGCCUCUAAGCGAUCUUCAUCUUUAAUCUAAUCCUUCAAGGAACAUCCAGCCAAAUGAUUGAUACACAAGCGGACUUUUUCUGAAAUGACAUGUCAACUUUUUAACAUAUUUCGAUUCUAGGACUCAAAUUAUGCCAAACUGCCAAGUUUGGUAAAAAUCGCAAUAAUAAAA